CCCAAUUCCCCAAGCAAAUUCAACUACCAACGAAAUUUGGUCCAGAGCGCAAUAGAGGUGAGAGAGAGAUUCACAGAACCUCCGAAUCCCAAAACCCGCCGUCGUUCCCUUCACCGUAACCCUAGGCGCCUCCUCUGUCUCUCUCCUCGCAUUCUUCACAGGAGGGUGCCUUGAACAUGAACUUCCUUGACUCCAGAAAUCAGAAUCAUAGAUUUGGAACAUAAUUUCUUGCUAAAGUCUCUGGCUUCCAAAGUCUUUCUUUCAGUGUGCAAAGCACCCCAGAGAAAAAUGGAUGAUCUAAUGGUGCUUCAAGAAGUCCGGAACUCCUCCGAGUGUUUCUGAAAUCAGGACUGAAAAAGAAAUACACUGCUUCAUUUAUAUGCAAAAUGGCAGAACAACCUCCAAAGUCGAGUAAGAAAGUUUUGAGGAAUCACGAGCGAACAAAAGCAUCUUUUAGUCCCAAGGAUCAUCCUUCUUCUAGGAAACAUCAGAGAAAGGGGGAAAGCCCUGUUCUGAUUUCACCUCCUGCAGAGCAGUCUCAGGAUUUUGGAACUUCGAAUUCAUGGAUCUGUAAAAAUUCUGCAUGUAAAGCCAUUUUGUCCAUAGACGACACUUUCUGCAAGAGGUGCUCUUGUUGCAUCUGUCACUUGUUUGAUGACAACAAGGAUCCUAGUCUGUGGUUGGUAUGCACAUCUGAAUCUGGUAACCGAGACUCCUGUGGUUUAUCCUGUCAUAUUGAGUGUGCACUCCAACAUGGAAAGGUGGGGGUUGUUGAUCUUGGGCAAUUGAUGCAGCUUGAUGGGAGUUACUGCUGUGCUUCUUGUGGUAAAGUUUCGGGCAUACUUGGAUGUUGGAAGAAGCAACUGAAUGUAGCAAAGGAUGCUCGACGGGUCGAUGUCCUCUGUUAUAGGAUAUUCCUGAGUUACAGGCUCCUCAAUGGAACAUCCAGGUUUAAAGAACUGCAUAAACUCGUUAACGAUGCGAAAGCCAAAUUAGAAACAGAGGUUGGUCCAUUGAAUGGAGUUUCAGCCAAGAUGGCACGGGGCAUUGUUAGCAGACUUCCUAUUGCAGCUGAAGUGCAAAAACUGUGCUCUCUCGCAAUUGACAAAGCAGAUGAAUGGCUGGCCACUGUUUCUGACACAAACCCAAAUCACAGAGAGGGCUCACUUCCUGCGGCUUGCAGAUUCCAUUUUGAAGAAGUGACGUCUUCUUCGGUUGUGAUUGUUUUGUUAGAUUUACCUUCUAUAUCAAGCAGUGAUAUUAAGGGAUACAAGCUCUGGUACUGCAGGAGUAGAGACGAGACGCAUUCAAAAGAGCCUAUUUGUGCUUUUCCCAGAGUUCUGAGAAGGGUUUUGAUAUCAAAUCUGCAACCCUGCACUGAGUACUCUUUUCGGAUAAUUUCAUACACCGAUGAUGCCAAUUUAGGACAUUCUGAGGCAAAGUGUUUCACCAAGAGUGUGGAGAUAAUUCACAAGAAUCCCCAAACCAGAGCAAAUUCUAAUGCCAGGAGGGAACCUAAGACUCUGCCAGCCGUUGGAUCAACUUCUGGUUUCAAGGUCCGAGACCUUGGAAAGAUCCUACGGUUGGCAUGGGCUCAAGAACAAGGCGGCUUUGAGGGCUUUUCUGGCAUCGAUAUAGAGGAAUGCUGCGGAGCUUCUGAGGCAGCUAAUGAUCAUCUGCCACCCGUUUCACGUGAGCUCGACUUGAAUGUUGCUUCAGUGCCUGAUCUAAACGAAGACCUAACCCCUCCUUUUGAAUCUUCCAGGGAUGAUAAUCAAGCAAGAUCUCAUGGUAGCGGCGACUCUCAGAAUUGGACACAUGGUGCUACUGGUGAAGUGCCAGCUAUUGAUUUUUCGGGGAAACUAUGCACUCUGGGAAACGGGUCACCGUGCAGAAUGACCCACGAGUCGAGGGGCUUGGAUGAUAACUUAGAAUACUGUGUGAAGACGAUUCGACGGCUGGAAUGUGAAGGUCGUAUAAAACGGGAAUUCAGGAUUAAGUUGUUAACAUGGUUUGGCUUGAGAUCGACAGAGCAAGAACGAAGGGUGGUCAACACCUUCAUUCGGACUAUGAUCGAUGAUCCGAGUAGUUUAGCAGCACAACUAGUCGACACCUUUUCAGAUACUGUAUCCAACAAGAAGCCACGGAAUGGUUUAUGUAGUUAACUGUGGGAUUACACAUUAACUUAAGGCUUGUAUUAGAUUAGCUUCGUAAAAUCCCAUUUCCUUAUUCUUAAGCCGGGAGAAUAACUACUGUACUGCUGAUUGUUUUUUCUUAUUCUUUGUACAUUAAGUUAAUCACGCUAUUGGAAGUGAUUCAUUUAUAUUUGGGACGAUUCGGUCCCCUUCGAAAA